AUGGAAGGUCAUAGUGACAUGAAUGAGAGAAAAGAAAGUUUGAUUAAUGUUGUGAUAGGAAGACCUGGAGAGGAAGAAAUAGAGAGAAGUUUUAUCGGUGACAACAUAACUGGUGGUGCAUCUGUAGAUGAACAUGGUGAAUCAUCAUCGAAGAGGAAGAAACCCAUUAGGCAUAAUGCCGAUCAAAUUCAAGAGCUUGGAUUGUUUUUCAAAAAGAAUUCACUUCCUAACAAAAAAGUACGACUAGAACUUGCAACAAAAUUAUCCAUGGACAUCAACCAUGUGGAAAAUUGGUUCCAGAAUAAAAGAACCCAAAUGAAGUUGCAAUUGGAAUUGUACGAAAAUAAGACUCUAAAGCAAGAAAAUGACAAGCUUCACAUAGAGAAUAUUGUAAUGAUGGAAGCCCUGGAAAAUUCAAUUCGUGACAAUUGUAAAGAAAACAUUGAUGAGAAUCAAAUAAAGAUUGAGCAUGACCAAUUGGAAGAUGAAGUUAAAAGGCUUACCACCCAAGCGUACAAAUUAAGCUUAUUUAAUAAAGAUGUAGUGCAGGAUAAGAUGGUGUUAUUGAAUCUUGCUAUGGAUGCCUUGAAUGAGCUUUUUAGGUUGUAUGAGAAUGAUAAACCUCUUUGGGUAAGCAGUUUGGAUGGAGGUGGAGAAACGUUAAAUAUUAAGGAAUAUGCUCGAUUGUUUACCCCAUUAAUUGGCACGAAACUUGAGCAUUUCACAACGGAAGCCACAAGGGCAUCAGGUACAGUGGCUGACACCAGUUUGGCAUUGAGGCAGUGGGUAGAGAUGUUUCCAUGCAUUGUUGGAAAAACAUAUACUACUGAUGUGAUUUUCACUAGCAUAGGUGGAAAUAAGAGCGGUUCUCUGUUAUUGAUUAAAACCGAAUUGCAAAUCAUUUCUGACCUAGUUUCUGUUCGCGAAGUACAAUAUCUUCGCUUUUGUAAGAAACAUGCUGAAGGUGUCUGGGCUAUCAUUGAUGUGUCUGUUGACACAAUUCAAGAAGCUUCACAAGAGAGCGAAAUUGAAAAUUGUCGAAGGCUCCCAUCUGGCUGUAUUUUACAAGAUAUAUCGAAUGGUUAUUGCCAGGUUACUUGGAUUGAGCACAUGGAAUAUAAUGAAAAUCUUGUCCACGAUUGGUAUCACCCUUUGAUAAAUACUGGUUUGGGAUUUGGUGCUCAAAGAUGGAUGUCUACUUUGCAAAGACAAUAUCAGUUCUUGAAAGUGAUGAAGUCAAUUAUUGAUCCCAUAGCUUUAUUUGUGGCAGUUGAUUUAAGUGGUCAGAGAGGUAUAAGGAUGUUGGCUCAACGCAUGACGCAUAAUUUUUGUGCGGGGGGUGAUGAUUCUGGUGCUAAUCGAGUGAUCUUGCAAGAUACUUGCAUGGAUGCAACUGGAUCUCUUUUGGUUUAUGCUACAAUUGAUUCACAAGAAAUUAAUACCGUGAUGAAAGUGGGAGACUCUUCUUGUGUGACUCUCUCCUCAAAUGGAAUAACAAUAGUCCCGGAUUGUUUUCAAGAUUUUUCUACAACUAAUAACUAUAAUGUUAUUUCUGGGGAGAUGAAUAAUGGGUUCGGUGGUGGAUCGUUGGUGAUUAUCAGCUUUCAAAUGGUGGGGAACAUCUUUCCAACUACAACUCUUUCUAUGGAGUUGGUCAAAGAAGCAAAUGCACUCAUCUCACACACAAUUCAUAAGAUCAAGAGUGCUCUUAAAUGCAAGUGA